UCGUCUUCAGUCCUCCUCGGCUGCCUCCUCCUCCUCCGCCACCGCCGCCGGCUCCCGCGACGGACACUCUCGACCACCGCGAUCAGAUAGCGCCGGUAACAAAGCGGCACAAGCCGCGCCGAAACCAACCGCUUCGUCUUCCUCCACUGGGGGUGGCACCAACCCAGGCGCCAGCAAGAGCCUCGGCAGGGCCUCGGGAGACGGCCGCGCCCGGCACGCGCCCCGGUCUUCGUCCGAGCGCUGCAAAUCCGGCAAGAGCGGCGCUGAUCCAGGGACGGCCGGCGAGACGGCGCCCGGCUCGGACGGCGGAGACACGGCGAGCGGCGAUCCCUCGGCCGCCAUCCUGCCGUCGAAACCCCAGCUGGUGCCGCAGAAGCCCACGGCGUACGUGCGGCCCAUGGACGGCCUGGAGCAGGCGCUGGUGGCCAGCGAGCUGUCCCGGGCGGAGCUGAAGGGAGGCCCGUCCGGGGGCUGCACGGAGAACUCUGCGUGCGAGGAGGUGGAGGGAGGGAGGAGCAAACUCUGCAAGAUCCUCAUCCCCCAGCCGCAGCCCGCGGAGGUUUCCGUCUCCAGCGAGACGAGCUGCGUGGAGGAAAUCCUGAGGGAGAUGACCCACUCGUGGCCUCCCCCUCUGACCGCCAUCCACACCCCCGGGCAGACGGAGCCCUCCAAGCUUCCCUUCACCCACAUCCCUCCUCCUCCCGCCAAGGACGCUCACAUCAACUCGGGUUACGGUGGACAGAAGCGACACGACACGCCAGCAAGUCAGCCACCAAAUGUGGCGGAUCACAAAUCCAUGCUUGAGGAUGACCUGAGGCUGAGCAGCGAUGAGAGCGAUGGUGAACAGGUGCCAGAGAAAGCCGUGUCUCAUCCACAUCUCAUCGCCAGUGCUGUUUGCGAGCUCGCCCUGCCGUGCCGCAGCUCCCGAGGGCCCGUGGUCGACCCGGCGGGCUCCGGCCCGAAUCCGGCCCCGGGGGGCCUGCGCUGGGACGGGGAGCAGAGCAGAGGGGAGGGGCGGAGUGAAGGGAGGGGGGAGGGCAGGGGGGAUGGCGGCGGCGGAGGCGGCGGCGGUGGCGGCGGUGGCGGCGGCAAUGGAGGCGGCGGCGGCUUCAGACAGGAAGGAGGGAGGGGGGGCGCGGGCCGGCACGCGGCCGCGGGAGCCGGCGGGGGCCACACGGGAGGAUGUUCGAGCGAGACGGGGAACAGCAGCGAGUCCGACAACAGCGGCUCGGCCUCCGAGUCGGGGUCGGGCAGCGCCAGCAGCUCCAGCGAAAGCGACGACGAGGACGACGAGGAUGACGACGACGAAGAAGAGGAGGAGGAGGAGGAGAGAGGAGCAGAGGUCAACCCGGGCCGCGUCUCCCCCGAGCCGGAUCCCCCUCUCCGCAACAAGUGGCAGCUGCAGCCGUACCUGAACAAGGUGACGCCGCUGGGCGGAGGCCGCGGGUCCCCGGACUCGCCGUGCGGCCUGCUGGGCUCCCUGACGCCGGCACUGGUGCUGCUGCCCAACCUGAGCCAAGGGCAGCUGAAAGGGCAGGUCCAGCAGACCUCGGGGCAGCAGCAGCAGCAGCAGCCGCAGCCGCAGCCGCUAGCCCGCACGCCGCCGGUGGCGACCGUGUCGGUGGCGUCCGAGCCGGAGCGUCCCAGCGCCGGCGAGCCGACCGUAGAGAUCAGGACUCAGCGGCAGUGCCAGGUGGAGGCGGAGGCGGUGCCGUUGCCGGUGUCGACGCCCGCGCCGCACAGGAUGACGGGGCAGAAGCAGCCGAGGAGCAGCGUGGACAGAGGGGGAGCGACCGCCGGCGUGGAGGUCGGGCCGCCCAAGGAGAUGACAAUGCCCAGGAACGGUCUGCUGGUUCACUCGGACACGCCGUCGGGUUCCGGCUCCGGCGGGGUUUUUUCCAAAACGGAGCCCCCGCGCGGAGCGUGGAAAAAGCCAAAACUUGUACAGCCGCCCAGCGAGCCAGCGACGAGGGGGAGGCCCCGGGGUGUGGGCCGGGGGAAAGGCGCCGCCAGGAAGGAGCCCAAACCAAUGUCCCGCCCGGCGGUGUCCGACAAGGACCGGAAGCGGCAACGGGCCAACGGCAAAGUGGCACCGAUUUCUGUCGAGUUCGUCCACUCCACUUCCUGUUCCUCGGAUUCAGACUCGGACUCGGAUAGUGACAGCCCCGCAGCAAAAGCGCGGUCGCCUCCCUACUGCGAGCUGCCCGGAAGCGAGACCAAACCUGCGGGCCCUGGCCGGAGACCCGCUGGCACGGUGACUAUCGAGCCGAAGAUCGAGCUCUUCAUGUCCCCGAUCCCGACGAUGGAGACAGCGCCGCUCUCGCCGCUGCGCGAUUCCAGAAGGGGCAGGACCGUCCACGCGCGGACGAGAGACAGCGAGCGGAGAGGCAGCGAGAGCAGCGAUUUCCUCUCUCCUCUCCGCGACGGCGAGCUGCUGCUCUCCCCGCUGCGCGACAGCGACGGGAACGGCCGGCUCGCGCCCGACUCCGGCGCCGGCCGGAACGCCAACACCCGCUCCCCGUGGCGACAGAGGCCCCGGCGAGAGAGCGAGACGAGCAGCGGGCCGCUCUCCCCGCCGCUCGACUGCGACGGCGCCGAGCAGCGGGGGCGCGCGCACUCCUCCGGCCGAGGCAGCGACCGCGAAACGGAGCGCCCGCCGGCGCCGCACGCCGGCGGGGUCCGUUCUCCGCGGCCCGCGUACGAAGGCCGGCGCAGCGCGUCGCCGACCCCGGCGGGUGCCGGCGACGGCGGGACCGCGACGUCGUUGGAUUUGCCGGAGCCGGCCGGCACGCUCCUGGUGCGAGUUGACCUCUCGCUGCUGACGCACGUGCCCGGGCGCGGGCGGUCGCGCGAGCGGGGUGGGGACGCCGGACGCCGCUCGCAGAGGGACGGUUCCUCCUCCGCUGACAAAGCGGCGCUGCCUGUGCCGCCGGCGACGUUGGUGGUGGCGGAGAAGAGGAGGCACGAGUCGGACAGGUCGACGAGCCGGGAGAGCCGCGGCGGCGACGGCAAGAAACCCCGCACGGACAAAGACUCCACGUCGAACCAGCACGGCGCCGUCAACGGAGCGCCGCCCGAUCGCCACAAGCACCCGCUCUCCAGCAGGCAGUCCUCCAAGUCGCUUGACAAGAAGCGGCACACCACCUCUGCCAUGACCACCUCCUCCUCCACCUCCUCCUCUUUCUCGACCGGCCACUCCUCCUUCCGGUCGCCUAAAUCCGGCCACCCCGACGCGGCCCCGCGGCACAACGGAGCGAGCUGGCGCGCCAACGCUGCCGUCGGCGUCAAGCGGCCUGGGAGCUCGCCGCCGCCCGUUGCCGGGGCUACUCAGGUUGCCGCGGUGACGGUUAAUGGGGCGUGGCCGCAGGGACCGAGCAUCCAGGUGGACCGGCCCGGAGUGGCCUCCAGGCAGCAGCAGCAGCAGGAGGCCCCCAGCAAACCGCCCGUCAGACCCGGCGGCCGCAGGGUCUCACUCGAGAGCUCUGCCGCCGAACCGUGUCAGAGGAGCGACCUCUGCAGCGUGGCCUCCGAGCCCUGGCCAACGCUGCCCAACGGCCACGGCGACCCGAAGAGGCCGCUUCUCAACCACGACGAAAAGCCAAGGUCACCUGACUACCACAUGCUCGAAGCCAAGAGGCUGAAGCACAGGGCUGACAACAUGAUGGAGAAGUUCGGCAAGGCCAUCAACUACGCGGACGCGGCACUCUCGUUCAUUGAGUGCGGCAUCGCGAUGGAGCGGGACCCGCUGGAGGCCAAGUCGCCUUACUCCAUGUUCUCCGAGACCCUGGAGCUCAUCAAGUACACUAUGAGGCUCAGGAGUCACCUGGCACCAGACGCUACCUCCGCUGAUCGGAAACUUGCUGCCAUCUGUUUCCGCUGUCAGACGCUGCUGUACAUCCGCCUUUUCCGCUUCAAGAAAGACAGCGCCAUGAAGUACGCCCGGGCGCUCACCGACCACUUCAAGAAUUCCCCCAAGACGGCACAGACAACGUCUCCCUGGAAUGGAAAGGCCGGCACACCAUCCCCGAUGCCGUCCACGCCAUCGCCCGCCGGCUCGGUGGGAUCCCAGGGCAGCGGUGGGGGUGCGUACGGAGGUGGUCCCUGCGCCGGGGGCCCCAACGCUUCCAAUCAGCCCCCCUCGUCGUCCUCCUCCUCCUCGUCCUCCUCCUCCUCCUCGUCCUCCGGCUCGGCCGUGGUCAGCAUCCCGCAGCGGGUGCAUCAGAUGGCCGCCAGCCACGUGCACAUGACCAAUCAGCUGCUGUACGGCUACGAUGCGUGGGAGCAGGCCGACGCGCUCUGCAAGGAGAGCCGCAAGUUUUUCCAGGCUGUGGAUUCCGCCGUGGGGGCCUUGACCCUGAGCAGCAGCCUGGGCCACCUCGUGCGUCACUGCCGACAGAGCCUGCACUGGCUGCGCCUGGAGACCCGGACGUAGCCCGUAUGUAGCCCGUCCCUAUCCCACCCCACGCAGACGCACUUGCGCUGCUGUGUGGGCGGCGAGGAUUGAAGUGGCGCUGCCUGGGAUUGCGUUCCAGUCCCCCUCGCCCGUUGACGGGAUUAACGCCUGCCCUGCUGAGCUAGCGCCUCCCCCUCCGUACUGGUUCUUGGGACAUAAGUUCGCUCGUGCCGAUCCCUAUUUUCGUGGUGGAAGAUGGAAGCCCCCUGAUUUCCAAGCAACCUUUGCGCGCGUUCCCGUGCCCUACGGUUGUACGGAAUAUCGGCGGGUGUGGAAAGAAACACUUCUGCAACACGCGCAAGAUGACGUUGGGGGCGCGAAACAAACAUUGCUUUAUUGCUCUUCUUCCUUCAUAGGAGAGGACAAUCGGAGCCACUUAGUCAUUGCACAGCAGUUGAAGGAGAAGCUAAAGACCAGGUUUGUCUGGAAACUCUGUUCACCUCACAGCCUCAAAAAUCACAAAAAAACGCAAAUCAACAAAUCACCACCAGAUAAGCCUUGUGCCAAUAUGGAUAGUCCAUCAGUUGAUGACACAGAUUGCGAGCGAAGGAUGCUCCGACUACGUUGGCAGAAGCAGCGCGUGUUGAGUUUUUAUCCGUCGGAACUCAUGCCCGUCGCACUUCGUGUUGCUCGACAAGUGAGACGAGGCAGAGAUCACAGCCUGGAUCAGAACAUUCCCCCUCGCCUUUGGGGCUGCACAAGCAUCGCUGUCUGACUAAAGUGGGGGAAAAAAAGCAAAAACCUUCAGCAAGUUUUGAUAGUGCAGUAAGAGUGCGGAUCGCUUCAUUGAUAAACACAAAACAAACAAAAAAAACAAGAGUUCACAUUUUAAAAAAUAUAUAAUUUCUUUUUUUAAAUCCAAAAAUAUGCACGGUCUUUAUUUAAUGGUAAAAAAAAACACUUCUUGCGUAAAACUUUAAGGCCGUGAAACGAUACGGUGGAAGUGAUCCUCCUGCUUGAGCGACGUGGCGGGGGGGGGGGGGGGGUCAUUAUUCUCUGCGUGCAAAGUGCCCUGCUGGGAAGUAUCUUUCUCUUUAUUUUUUUCUCGGUACCAUGUGACGUGCCUUAGAGAUUUGUAGAUAACAAGAGAAGAACUCGUACAAAAAGAGAAAUAAAAAAAAGAAAAUUUAAAAAAAUCACUCGAUGUAGUAGUGCGUCCGUGACGUUCGGAGUGGCUCUUGCGUUCUUGUGGCAAACCCUGGAAGAAAAAAAAAACUUUUUUUUUGGCUGGAGCAGUUUUUUAACGAUCUCGCUUUGUGAGCAAGUGCUCCCCUCUCCUCGUCUGCCUAUCAGCAUGGUGCUAAUAUAAACAAUCACGCCAUUCCCUACGUCAGUUUAUACCGAAAGUACCGUAUAUAAGUUGCAGGGAGGGGGAGGUGGGUGGCUUCCAGCGUAUAAAUGUAUAGACACACGAGGCCGCCAAAAAUAUUUCGAGAUUGAAAUGUUAAAGAAAGGUCACCCAGGUCCUAAAGAUAGGUUUCCUUUCAAGUCCCACCUUAUUUAUUACUUAGAACAUGUUACGAUGCUUUGAUGUCAGGGGUGGCUAAAUUGAAGAACAGUAUCAGUGUGAUCGUGCUUUCAGUGGCCUCUCCCUUGAAAAUAUUUAAACUGCCUCUUGUUUAUAUAUAAACAGUGCUUUAGGGAAUUGUUAUUUCCGGAAUUACAUAGGAUUUUCUAGAACAGUUUAUAUCAAUUUCUAACAGAACAUAAGCCAGGAGCCAAUCUUUAGCCUUUUCUGACUAACUUCCAAAACACACCUCAACUGGGUAAUCAUUCAUGGGUAAGGAUAUUUAUCAUGUCCUCCUCUGUUUUAUCGUACAGCAACAACAAAGAAUUCAAUGUACCAGAGAUAUCCAUCCCUUUUUAUAAAAGUGAAUUGCGAUCUCUUAGUGAGCAUAGGAGUGACGUACAUCCUACAAAGAACGACACGAGAUCGACGUUGGCCGCUGCCCUGAGUGAGAUUAUGUUAUCGUUUAAACUGCUUCAGCCACCAAGAGACAUUAAAUAAGACGUUCGUACCAGCCACCGGAUUAAUAAGCUGUAGUGUGCCGUAUUACGUGAGAAAUGUCAGCGGCGUUUAUGGUCGUCAAGCCGCAUGUCCCCCGUGCUGCGUGCCAGAUUGUGGUGUUUUUGAAAGGCAGAGGCGUUCCGUUCAUCCGUUCACUCCUGACCUCACGUGGGUCCCGCAUUUGAACCUUGGAAAUGUAAAGCCACACUUCUUGGCAUUUGAGCUCCAGCCCAUUGGAACGUCAAGUGUGCACCUUCCUGGCAUUACGUGGGUAUUGCAACCUGUGAGAAAAAAAACGUAAAAAAAUUAAGCAACGAGAGCUAAUGUGCCCAUUUUCUUCUUGUUUUUUUUGUAUUUGUUGUUGUUGUUGGUGGUGGGAUAUGGCUGGGGGGUGGGGGGAAGCGAUGCAUUUCGAUUUUAUUCCAGUGGAGCGUUUGGAGAUGACUGAGGCCCACUGCCGCGAGUUGUGGUUUGUCCUCGCGUGCGAGCGUACCUUGAACGCGCCACGAACAAAACCAGCGUGCGGCAGUCCAUGUAGCACUUCAAAGACAGUGACAUCAAUCGUUUGUGCGCGGCAUUACCGCGGGUUUUUUUCGCCGAUUUUACCCAACACACACAUUUGGCUUUGUACUUAUAGGAAACUUCACGGGAGGAGUUAGUAAUAAUAAGCCACUUUGUUUCCUGCCUCCCUGCGAUUUUGCAUGAAACGUCGAAUAACGUGGCGAACUGAUAUAUAUUUUCUGGUUGUACUGCGUAAGGCUCGCAGCACACGGAGCAAAACGUCGGGCGUCGGGCGUCAGGCCCGAGUUAGCACAAACCUGAAAAAACACACAUCGAAGAGCUGUACAGCACAACUGCGAAAACCUACAUAGGAGAAAACAUUCAAUUCCCCCCCCCCCUCCCACGGAAAAAUCCAAUGUGCAGUUCUCACAUGGGCAGGUUGACAAAAGUGGGGGAGAUUCAAGUAAGUGCAAUGUAACAAUGUGAAUGAGCUUGGAGGCUGUGACUCUGAUGAGUAACACGUGCCCUGGUGAGGCCCUCCACUGGGGGUGAGUCUGCACUACUGCACAGGGACACAAGUCUGCCACAAGCCCAGCCUCCUGGAUAGAUGGCAUUAAAUAAGGCUUUCAUCUUCUUGGUUCUUUCGGUAAAGUCACGUAGAAGGGAAAUAAUAAAAUAAUAAAAAUAAAACAUAAUACAGCUAUCGUGCUGUGAUGGUUCCACCUGAAGAUGGAAGCUUGUGUUGCCUCCAAAACGUCGUGAGAAUUAUUUUAUUGUUUUAUUUUUAUUAUUUUAUUUUUUCCCUUCUACGUGACUUUACCGAAAGAACCAAGAAGAUGAAUCCCUGCAGUCACGAAAGCUUUACAUCGAAAUUUAAGGCUUUCAUUUCUCAAUAUAAUUUUUGUUUGUGAAUACCUGUACAUGGUGGCGAGGGUAUUGAGGGGUUGGGUAGGGGUGGGGGUGGGGUCUGUGGGGUAGUUGGGAAGGUCGGUUAGACUAUGAAAAGAAACAAUUUCAGAAAAAUGGAAUUCCACAACUUAGGUGCCAGUGGGUACCAGCAACAUUAAGGAGGAGACUAACACUGAAAUACGUUCCCUGUACUUUUGAACGAUGGCACAAUCAUGUCUUAACAUUUAUAUUUGGAUACACUAAGAGAAACCUUCCUAAAAGUUUAAAUAUAGAUUAUACCUUAAAUUAUGAAGUUUAUCAAAAGAAAAGAAACAUUUUAUUUAAAGAUGCAUUUUAUAGGUACCGAUCUGAAAAGGGUAUUGACAACACUAUGCAUAGUCUGUGUUUUACUUAUUGAGUAGUGGCAACUGAGAAUAUGUGAACUUAAUAAAUAUAUGAAAAACAUCCAUCUGGCAGAGGUAUUGUAAAAAACAACAGCCAUGAUAUAUUUGAUUGCAAAAAUAUAUCCCGUGUAAUCACUAAGCAGUAGUAGUCUCUGACUGAUAAAAUAUGUCAGUGAUGAACAUGUAGAGAGAAAUACAAUUCAAGGAUGCAUUGGAUUGAAUGUUCUGAGAAAUGUACUAUUUGCAAAAACACACUUUAGGAAACUUUUUUGUUCAGAUAUUUAUUUAAAUGUACAGCAACCGUGUAUGUCUUAAAUCAGAUGAACUUAUCGCAAGGCGGCAUUGCGAUUAGGCCUGCGACGAUUCAUCCCGGCACCCGCCCUGCGAUCCGUUGAAUUGUCAUGCGUCAGUGGUCACAGGUUGAUUCCAGAAUAAUUACCAAAAAUAAUGUUUCGUCUAUACCCUCUCAUUUGUACUUUCUCUUUUUAUUCCAUCUCUUUUGUUCACCCUUAUUUGCGCCCUUGGCUUAGAUGUCACAUUUACUUGUAAUUUGUACACUUUGUAAAGAGUCGAUUCUUAACACUCACGUUUCGAUGAGCAUCGGAAACGAUUAUGGCCGGUGGAUCGCUACACGCCUAAUUUGUCAUCAUGGGAAGCCUAUCAUCAAAAACACUACCAGUACCUGUCACAAAGAUGUUCUAAGCAAUUAUGUUGUUGUUGUUGUUAUUAUUGUUGUUGUUUAUGAAUAAGCCUUUACUCCUGGUUACAGCCCAGUUAAAAAAUUCCAGAGGACUGCCAUGAAGUAGCUGAGUUCAGAAUUAAGGGUCCAACAGAAGCUGUGUUUAAUGUGAGUCAAAGAAUGAAUGACCAUCACUUACAGAUGCUAUUUAAGAAAUAUAUAUAUAAAAUCAAAGAAUAUUUUACUUUAUUUAUUGCUAUCGUAAUUGCCAAAAGUCUUUUAAAGUAGCGCCAAGCGAGGCACAUCUAGUGGCAGUAAACCCGCUGCAGUGACAUCUCACUGUGGGAUAACACACGACCUCCUACUUUAACCCAUCCUGUGCCACACGGUGGCCGGCAGGACCGCUGUUACGUGGUAGACUAUUGUUAAAAGAUACUAAGGCCAACGAAACAGGCCCCCCACACACUCUAUUCCCCAACCAAUUCAACUGGAAUUCUGCCCGCGCAGAAGUGGCAGCAAUGAAACUGUUGCCAAUUUUGAUUGUACAGUAUAGGGUCGAUUGAAAACCUUGGUGUUCGCAACCAGUCGCGUAGCUCCCAGUAAACUAGCACUGCCCCCGCAAUAGGUGACAUCGUGUUUUUUAUUUAAGCGGAAUAGAGUGUGCACAGAAGCGCAAGGGGGAAAUCCGAGCCCAUAAUCUACCAAGCCCACAGAAGGAUCCGGCCUUAGCUUGCCGUUAUUGGGUUGGUACACGAGCGAUAUUUAUGUGAUAUUUUAUAGACCAAAUCCCCUAUUUUUCGUGUAUUUGAGGCUCUGGUUGCAGAGUUUUAAUAGUGAGUACAUUAUUUAUUGGAGUGCAAGGUACUGUUAGAGAUUAGCAGGUACCUGUAGGGAGAAUUGGUACCAACUGUAGCAGAAACGCUCUGGUAAAUUUGUUUUUUUUUUUGUGCCGGGGUGGUGGGUGGGUGGGUUGGAUCGGGACGGGAUGUGACAGACAGGACACCAAGGGUGACGCUAAUUACAUUAAUAUAAUAACCAUGUCUUUGGAGAGAGCAUGCACAUGUUCUAGAGUCUGUUGGUGUCUUUAAGCUGUGGACUGACCCUGUGUUGAUAAUUCGUAGUGCGCUGCCUUGCCUGUACGACUCCUCUUUGUAAAACCCUGACACUCGGGAUAAAACGGCGAUUUGGGGGGGGGUAGAGGGGGGUGUUUGGGGGGGCUGACGUGUUGCUGGCUUGCUGUAUGUCUUUGCAUUAAGCGUGUUGGGGAGUGGUUGAGGGCGGCUCACGUCUUUUUUCAUGCUGUGAACUGCUCUGAACUCGAUCGUUUCAACAUUUCUGAGCUGGCAAUCAUUUGUCGGCAAUCCCCCCCCCACCACCACCGACCACCACCACCACACUCACACACACAACACUCUCACCGCACAGAGACAACACGCGCAUCGCACGCAGACAGCACACGCAAGUUGAGCUCACUUCACCCAUCACUCACUCCACUGUGGACAUUCAGCAUUGUGUAAUAAAUAUUUCAAUUGCAGGAUCACACACAAGCCUGCAUUCUCAGCUGCGCCAUGGUUUGUUAUGUUGUACAAACUGUCGUUAAUAAAGGCAUUUAUAAACGUUGCAAAGCAUUA